GAACAACCCAGACCCUUCACCUUUUUCGAGACAGAAAUCGCAACAGCACGGACGCCGAUACCCUUUCUUUCGGUCGGUGGGAAACAACCCCAUAUUAGCUCUACCUAUGAUCCUCCUUUGUUUCCUUGCUGCGUACCCGCACUCCUUUUUCUUCUUCUUUUCUUACAGAACAAACAGUUUACAAACAAAUCUUCGAACUGGACGCCAUUCUCUUUAGUCUUGUCUAGGGAUUCAGAAGCAAAACUCAAGAAAUAGUAGGACUUGGCCGACAAGCUUUGACCAUUGCCAACGUGAAAUAACUACCUACCCAAACCUAACCAUAUCGACUCACGAUCAAUCAUUAUCUCGGAGCUACUUCGCUUGCACCCGGCGUAACACUAUCCGACUUUCGAAUCCCGAGCAGCUGCCAACGCUGUUAUCACCGUACGGCGCCAACCCAAAUCUCAAAGCGUCUGUCAGUCCGCUGUGGUGCUGAGGUCGAUGUCAACGGGGUUUUGUUACGAAUUACAAUAGGUCUUUCAACUGGAGGUGUUGAAGGACUAGCCAGGAGACACAGAUCAGCAUGGCCGAUAGGCAGUCGAGCUUCCUGCCGACGAUAAAAUGUUCGUCAUGUGGCAACCAGAUCGAAAUUUCUAUGAUGGGGGAGCAUAUCUGCGGAGGCGCAGGUGGUUCAGAUUCAGCAUCUACUUCUCUAGAUAAGAUCGAUGAGACUUUUAUGCCAUUUAACAAAUCAGUUCACGAAAAGAUCGGCCGAGUUCCACCACCACCAAAGGUUGAUACUUUGGCAGCAAACCGUACUUAUUACCGCGCCGGGCAACUAACACCCGUCAGCAACUCCAGCGGCUCACUCUCUCGCAGCGGAUCGCCUCUCACACCUACUGGUCGGGUACCAGGGCGCUCCGAAGACUACUUUACACCAAAGAUUGCCAACGAAUACGACUCGGCCUCUCCGCGGAAUCAGCCACGGCGGCCUGGGGGCUAUGGGGGCAUGGAUGAUGUCGAAGAUGAUAUGUACUCCAACAACUCUCCCAAGAAACAGCCUCCGAGUUUGUUGUCUCGUAUGGAUACUAUUGCUCCCGGCCCUUUCGAUUCAAAGAGGCCGACUGCGGCAAAGAAUGCCCUCGCUCCCAGAUCGAAUGAGACGGCAGAUGCCUACAACGAAAGACCUGUGACCUCAAACUCGAACAGGAGCUUUGGGAACAACCAACCUCCAAGAAUGCCGAGGAAGAACGGCUAUGGCGGGUUUGGUCCUCCCCAGAGGUCGCCAGGUGAAUAUGAGCCUGAGCCACCCAGUGCGAUCAGCAGGUCUGGGACUUUUCCGCGGGAGAACGACCCAAUGGAACCACCUCUGCGUACCCCCUCUGCCCCUGGUCCUCGACCGGACAGGUUACGACGAUCAUCAGAUGAGGCGAAUGAAAGGCUCAUGGACGGGGAAAACAGGGGGCGUCCAAACAACGAUAUGUAUGCAACAAGAACCUCAAUAACACGCGAUACCUCCAGGCCACCGCCACCGAGGACCAGCCUCCUGAACCGACCUCCCACCCGUGACGGUGGUGGUCCCUCCAGCGCCAUUGACCUGGCCAGUGAGUUUGGCGUCGGGAACCCAUACCACAGUUCAAACGUUUCCAUGUCCUCUAGCGCAUCGGCAUCGAGUGGCGCAGAAUCUCGCCGUCCCAGCCAACCAAGCUCACAGACCAGCCCUGCUCGCUCACUCAGGUCGCGACCAGCCAGAAAGCCAUCGAAUACUUCCGACAUUGACAGCUUGAUGCAGGAUCUCCAAUCCUCAAUGUUGAGCGACGCGCAGUCUCGGGAUCUACCUCCUUCACAAUCGGAACAACUCCCCAUGAAUUCGGGAUCGCUUCGCAACCAGUCUCGACCAAGCCCGCCACCGAUGAGGACUCCGCCAUUGGAUGGCCCGAGUCAAAGAGAAGCGAUGGACCGCGGAAUGGACAGGGGUCGCCAAUGGGGUGAACGUAAAGACUCCUCCCCUCGCUAUGCAUCUCCCGAACGCAGGCGCGAGGCAACCAGGGCGCCGUCUCGACCAGGACUUCGCAGCCAGUCCAGAGGACGGGUGCCAGUGAACCGCGGUAAUUGCAAGGCUUGCCGGGAGCCCAUCACAGGCAAGAGCAUCUCGAGCGCGGAUGGCCGGCUCACGGGCAGGUACCACAAGGCAUGCUUUGUAUGCGCCACUUGCCGCGACCCGUUUCCUUCUGCGACGUUCUACGUUCACGACGACAAGCCUUACUGCGAGCAACAUUAUCAUGAGAAGAACGGCAGUCUUUGCGGAAGCUGCGGUACUGGAAUCGAGGGUCAGUACUUGGCGGACGAGGCAGAGGAGAAAUUCCACCCAAGGUGCUUCCGUUGCAGCGACUGUGGGCAAAUCCUUGACGAUGGCUAUUUUGAUGUUAAUGGGAGGCGGUACUGCGAGCGCGACGCCUUGAGGCACGUACAGCCACCGCCGUCCUGGGGUCCCCCCAGCAGAACGGGGACUCCAAGCAACCUAGGACCUAGGGGACCUCCCAGCAUGCGAGGAUCUUCGGGACUCGGCCCUGGACUCCAACCAGGCGGUCCCAAGGGCUAUCCUGGACCUGGUGGUCGUCCAGGACGCCCUAUGGGAGGGCCUCCCAACAGCAGCAGGCUGGGCCCUGGCCCACGACCACGGAUGGAGAAGCGUAUGACGAGACUUGGCAUGAUGUAAAUGCCCAGCAAACCUCUAUGCAUCCCAUCUUCCACCCUCUACUAUUCUUUGAUAUAUAAACCACAUGGAUCAUUUGCUUUGUUUUACAUCGAAGAACGUUUUGUCGAUGUUUGGGCCUGUACUGCGCUUUUGAUCUGUACACAUAUUUGCUGCGCUUACCCGCGCAGCGGCUUUACGGCCCGGCACAUGCCGACAGGACCGUUCAGGAUACCCAUUUGCUAUAUACCCUUCGUUUACUCAUUAUAUAUUCAUAUCUACUUUUUUUUUAUACUCUUCAUCUUAUUUUUGAUGUUUGUGUGAUUCAUAUAGAGUCCGCUGGGAAGACGGCAAUUGGGCGGAAAUCAUGGUAAUGACGCAAGGGAAUGGGGUUCUUUGUUUCGGGGACGGACGUGACUACGCAUGUCGAUGCUGGGGAAGAUUACUUGUAGGGCUGGAUAAGUUCUCCACUUGAGGCUCGGCCAUGCCACUUAAUUAUGUACGGCAGAGACGUUAUGCCAACCAAAGUCAGACAAGCCACUUAACAUUUUUACUAUAGAUGUUAAUUAGUACAUGGCGUACCCGGCC